AUGUCGUCCUCAAAAGACCUCCAAGACCCCCAUAGCGGGGAGAGUGAAGAGGCAGCCAUGCUCGACAUCGACGAAGCGGCAGAAGAAAUUGUUGAUUCCGACGGCGACGCGGCGAUGGACUCCGGUUCUGAAGAUGGUGACGAAGACGAACAAGGCGACGACGACAUCAUGCAAGAAAUCCAACUGCAGAACGACUCCUCCGCACACUUCGACAAGCACCCCGAUAGCAUCUUUACCAUCGCACAGCACCCCACAAACCCCUCUAUCGUCGCAACGGGUGGCAGCGAAGGCGAAGAUCUGGGAGGAAUAGGAUAUAUAUUUGACUGCACACCAGAAGCUGCGCCUGUUCUGCCAGCUAGCUACCAAUCUGCGCCGAACGAGCGCGUGGAGAGGAAAUCUCUCGAGCCGAUUUUCAAGCUGGAAGGACAUACGGAUUCGAUCAACGCGCUGGCAUUCACAUUACCAAAAGGCGAAUUCCUAUUCUCCGGUGGUCUAGACGGGAAGUUACGGGGAUAUGUCUCCAAUACAACAGGCUCAAAAUGGAAAUUCAUCGCAGAGGUCCAAGAAGUCGAAGAGAUAAACUGGAUGUCCGCAUGUCCCAACCCCUCCUCGCCCAACACCAUCGCCCUCGGCGCAAACGACGGCUCCGUAUGGGUCUACACUGUCGACCCCAAGAACAAGGACGCACCAUUGGUAAUCGUACAAAGCUAUUUCCUCCACACCGGCUCCUGUACCGCAGGCUCUUGGUCCGCAGACGGCAAACUCCUCGCCACAGUCAGCGAAGACGAGAGUCUUUACGUCUGGGACGUUUUCGGUGAAGCAGCUGGCGCAGGACUCACCCAGGGCGAAGGAAGCGCCUACGUCGUCGGCCUCACUUCUCUCGACCAGCGCUUCGCCGUCGAAGGCGGUCUCUUCAGCGUCGCUAUCUCGCCCGCAGGAAAUUUCGUCGUCGUAGGUGGCGCGGGAGGAAACAUCAAAGUCAUUGGUCUCCCUCGUCUGAGUUCCGAUACGCCAAAUCCAGCUGCGAAAAUAUCGCGUGGGAAAGCGGUUUCUGGAAAGGUUAAUGCGUCGGCUGGGCAGUCGGGGCAAAUAUUGGCGGAUCUGAAGGCACAGGGUGAUGGGAUCGAGACGCUGGCUUUUGCACCGCCGCCGUUGACGUUGUUAGCUGCGGGGAGUGUGGAUGGGAGUAUUGCGCUCUUUGACUCGGCGCAUAGGUGGGCGGUGCGCAGGCAUAUCAAGGAGGCGCAUGAGGAGUAUAGUGUUGUGAAGGUGGAUUUCGUGAAGAAUGCUAGCAGUGGCGGCUGGCUGUUGACGAGUUCCGGCAUGGAUGGAGUGGUGAGGAGGUGGGAUACUAGAGGUGGAACUGGGAUGGCGAACUCGGGUUUCGUGAGGGAGUGGAAGGGACAUCGGGGAGAAGGAGAGGGUGGUGGAGUAUUGGGCUUUGUGCAAGGGGAUGGAAGUAGGAUUAUUACGGCGGGAGAUGAUGGUGUUGCGCUGGUGUUUGAGGCGCCAUUGAAUUAG